AAAAAUUCUUGCCCAUGCCCUGAACUUCUUUAACUUUUAAAAACAGAACAGUCUCUGACACCCAUACCUAAAUGUAUCAGGAAGCGUCUUCCCUGUUGUCAAAAAUGUUUUUGUUAGAAAGAAGGCUUGAUGAUAUUUGAGCUCACCCAUGAAGUGAAUAGAAGAAAUGACACUGUUUUGGACCCAGGCCUUCUUAUUGUGGUUUCUCAGAGCCAGGACAAGGAAGGGUGAUGAUGCCCAACUUACUCCUUUUUCAGGGGCAGAUGACGGUCUACGCGAAGUUUGGCAAAAAUGUUUAUCUUCCUAAAGAUGCUGAGUUUUACUUUAUUUACAACGGAUCGCAUCAGAGACACAUCACAAUUGCUGAGCGCAUUGCGGACAACGUUCUCCAGUCCAGCAUCCCAGGCCACAGGCUUCAGGAAACUGUGAUGGUGUCCAUUUGCCUCUGCUCGGAAGGUUACUCCCCGGUGACCAUGGGCUCUGGCUCGGUGACCUAUGUGGACAACAUGGCUUGCAGGCUGGCCCGUUUGCUGGUCACCCAAGCUGAUCGCCUCACAACCUGUAGUCAUCGGACCCUGCUAACCCCGUUUGCCUUGACGGCAGAAGCAUUGCCUGCUCUGGACGAGGAGCUCGUGCUGGCCAUGACUCAUCUGGAGUUGCCUCUUGGAUGGACUAUCUUGGGAAAUUCUUCACUUGAAGUCUCUCCACACAGAGAGUCUCUUCUUCACCUGGCCACGAGGUGGGGCUUAGCUAAGCUUUCUCAGUUCCUCUUGUGUCUGCCUGGGGGAGUGCAGGCCUUGGCUUUACCCAAUGAAGAUGGUGCCACCCCAUUAGACCUGGCUUUACAUGCUGGACACUCCAAGCUGGUUGAAAACAUCACAAAUUUUCAGGGCAGACAUUCUGCUGGCUUCUCCCGAUUGCAGCUCAGUGAAGAUGCCUUCCUGCAAUAUGCUCACUCAUCAGGAACCUUGACCUUGACAUUUAACCACACAGCUGAGUGUUUACUGGAGGCCGACAUUAAACUUUUCAGGAAGUACUUUUGGGAUAAAGCCUUUCUUUUCAAGGCUCUUGAUGAGAAGGGAGCCAAGCCAGAGGAAAGACCCACCAUGCCUUCCAGCACUGCAGAAACUGAAGAAGAAAUUAAGAAUUUGGUGUCCAGAGGAUCCUCGCCUGAGGAGGAGGAUGUAAAGUGUGUCAAAAUCCCGGAGGCUCAGCUGAAUGAACAUGAAGACCAGGGCAGCCUAGAUUUGGACCGCUCCUUUGAUAUGUUCAAAAAAUCCAAGCACCUCCCGACGUUCCUUGCUGCAGGCCGGCUUUCUGACAUGCUGAAUGGCGGCGAUGAAGUCUACGCUAACUGCAUGGUGAUAGAUCAGGUUGGUGAUUUGGAUAUUAACUAUAUUAAUAUAGAAGGAAUCACUGCCAAUCCCAACCCUGAACCCAUGGGUUCCACUCUUGGGUCUCAGAGGUGCAAGAACAUCCUUCCUAGUGAAGCCAGCCCUGAUAUGCACCCACUAAGUGAGAACAGUGAAGUGACAUCAAAUGUUGAAGCCCAGCAGCACUUUAUAUCACCAUCUAGUUCAUGUGCUUCCAAUUUGAGUCUUUCUUUUGGUCUGCAUGGACUUGAAAAGGAACAAAGUCAUCUGAAGAAGAGAAGUUCUAGCCUUGAUGCCUUGGAUGCUGACAGUGAAGGAGAAGGGCACACUGAGCGGGCCCACAUCUGUUACACUCCAGUGUCCCAAAGUUCCUCGAGAACUGGGAUUCCUAGUGGCGAUGAAAUGGACUCUUUUGAGAGCAACACUGAACCAGAUUUUAAUAUCUCCAGGGCUGAAUCACUUUCUUUUUCAAGUAAUCUGCAGUCAAAGGAAUCAUUGAUUUCUGGAGUCCGCUCACGUUCUUAUUCCUGCUCAUCACCCAAAAUUUCUUUUGGAAAAUCUCGGGUGGUGCGUGAUUUUACAGUAUGCAAUUCAAGUGAAGAGCAAAGAGAUUAUAGCGUACUGGAGCCACCAGGAGAAAAAAGGAUUCAGGAAGAAGAAUGGGACAGAUACAUUAUGCCUGCCAAAUUGGAGUCUGAAAAAUACAAAGUGAGCAGAACUUUCAGCUUCCUCAUGAAUAGAAUUAAUAGCCCUCGGAAUAAAUCUAAGAUGAAAAGCAAGGAUGCCAAAGACAAAGAGAAACUGAGUCGGCAUCAGUUUGUCCCUGGAACAUUCUCUGGGGUACUGCAAUGUUUGGUUUGUGAUAAAACGCUUCUGGGGAAGGAGUCAUUCCAGUGUUCCAACUGUAGUGCACACAUACACAAGAGUUGUAAAGAUGCUGCACCUCCAUGUACCAAGAAAUUCCAAGAGAAAUAUAACAAGCACAAACCGCAGACCGUCCUUGGAAAUUCCUCAUUUAGAGACCUUCAACAACCUGGCCUCUCCUUGCACCCUUCUUCUUCCAUGCCCAUUGGAUUGCCAACUGGAAGGAAAGAAACGGCAGGGCAGGUCCACCCAUUGUCUAGAAGUGUUCCAGGUACAACCUUGGAAAGCUUCAGGAGGUCAGGGACAUCCUUGGAGUCUGAGAGUGACAGUAGCAACUGGAGAAGCAGGUCUCAUUCUGAUGAGCUGAUACAGUCCAUGGGCUCUUCUCCCUCCACAGAGUCGUUUAUAAUGGAAGAUGUUGUGGACUCUUCUCUGUGGAGUGACCUCAGCAGCGACGCCCAGGAAUUUGAAGCAGAAUCUUGGAGUCUGGUGGUGGAUCCCUCAUUUUGUAGUAGGCAGGAGAAAGAUGUCAUCAAAAGACAGGAUGUCAUUUUUGAGCUCAUGCAAACAGAAAUGCAUCACGUCCAGACCCUCUUCAUCAUGUCCGAGAUCUUCAGGAAAGGGAUGAAAGAGGAGCUACAGCUCGACCACAGCACUGUGGAUAAAAUCUUCCCCUGUUUAGAUGAGUUGCUUGAAAUCCAUAGGCACUUCUUUUAUUGUAUGAAGGAGCGAAGGCAGGAAUCCUGUGUUGACAAUGAUAGGAAUUUUGUGAUCAGUCGAAUUGGAGAUAUCCUAGUACAGCAGUUUUCAGAAGAAAAUGCAAAUAAAAUGAAGAAAAUAUAUGGAGAAUUUUGUAGUCACCACAAAGAAGCAGUUAGUCUCUUUAAAGAACUCCAGCAGAAUAAAAAGUUUCAGAAUUUUAUUAAGCUCCGGAAUAGUAAUCUUUUGGCUCGACGCCGAGGAAUUCCAGAGUGUAUUCUGCUGGUCACUCAGCGAAUCACAAAAUACCCUGUCUUGGUGGAAAGGAUACUGCAGUACACAAAGGAAAGAACUGAAGAACAUAAAGACUUAUGCAAAGCGCUUUGCUUCAUUAAAGACAUGAUUGCUGCAGUGGAUUUAAAAGUCAGCGAAUAUGAGAAAAACCAAAAAUGGCUUGACAUCCUAAAUAAGAUAGAAAAUAAAACUUGCACGAAGCUCAAAAAUGGCCAUGUGUUUAGGAAGCAGGCACUGAUAAGUAAAGAAAGGACUCUGUUAUAUGAUGGCCUAGUUUAUUGGAAAACUGCUACAGGUCGUUUCAAAGAUAUUCUAGCUCUACUUCUAACGGAUGUGCUGCUCUUUCUACAAGAAAAAGACCAGAAAUACAUCUUUGCUGCUGUUGACCAGAAGCCGUCAGUUAUCUCUCUGCAGAAGCUUAUUGCUAGAGAAGUUGCUAAUGAGGAGAGAGGAAUGUUUCUCAUCAGUGCUUCAUCUUCUGGUCCUGAAAUGUAUGAAAUUCAUACCAAUUCCAAGGAGGAACGAAAUAACUGGAUGAGACGGAUCCAACAGGCUGUAGAAAGUUGUCCAGAAGAAGAAGGGGGAAGGACAGGCGAAUCUGAUGAAGAAAGGCGGAAAGCUGAAGCAAGAGUGGCCAAAAUUCAGCAGUGUCAAGAAAUACUCAGUAACCAGGACCAGCAAAUUUGCACAUAUUUGGAGGAGAAGCUGCAGAUCUAUGCUGAACUUGGAGAAUUGAGUGGAUUUGAGGAUGUUCAUCUAGAGCCCCACCUUCUCAUUAAACCUGACCCAGGAGAGCCUCCCCAGGCAGCCUCGUUACUGGCAGCAGCAAUGAAGGAAGCUGAGAGCCUGCAAGUGGCAGUGAAGGCCUCACAAAUGGGUGACGUAAGUCAAUCAUUAGAGGAAAGUCGUGUAGAAUCUGGCUUGACAGAUAUGCUCAGUUCCAGUGAUGAACCGGGACAUUCUAGUGAUGGACCAGGACGUUCUAGUGAUGGACCAGGACUCUCUACUGCUUCAGUAGUCACAGAAGGGACAGGAGGAAGAGGCUGUUGGGAUGUGGAUCCCGGGACCCAGGGUGUUGUAACCGACUUGGCAGUCUCUGAUGCAGGGGAGAAGGUGGAAUAUAGAAAUUUUCCAAGUUCUUCACAGUCAGAGAUGAUACAAGCUAUACAGAAUUUAACCCGCCUCUUAUAUAGCCUUCAGGCCGCCCUGACCAUCCAGGAUAGCCACAUUGAGAUCCACAAGCUGGUCCUCCAGCAGCAGGAGAGACUCUCUCUUGGCCACUCUUUCCGUGGCAGCCCGUUUCAGGACCAGGAUAAGGACCGCAACUUGGAGAAGCAGCGUGAGGAGCUAGCAAACAUCCACAAACUGCAACACCAGUUCCAGCAGGACCAGCGGCGCUGGCACCGCAGGUGUGACCAGCAGCAGCGGGAGCAGGAGGCUAAGGAGAGCUGGCUGCAGGAGCGGGAGCGGGAGUGCCAAUCACAGGAGGAGCUGCUGCUGAGGAACCGUGGGGAGUUGGCCCAUCAGCUCCAGGAGUACCAGCAGAACCUGGAGCGGCUGAGGGAGGGCCAGCGGAUGGUGGAGAGGGAGAGGGAGAAGAUGCGGACCCAGCAGAGGCUGCUGUGCCGCUGGAAGCACGGCAGGCAGAGCAGCCUACCGGCAGCAUUUUCUCCAGGAAGCAAGGAGGUAAUGGACCUUAAUCGCUCUGAGAGUUUUUGUCAUGAAAAUUCAUUCUUCAUCAAUGAAGCUUUAGUACAAAUGUCACUUAACACUUUCAACAAACCAAAUCUAUCAGAUACCCAUCAGGAUGACAUUGACCCCCCAAACAUAUCUCACUCUGAUUUGGUAAGGACUAGUGAAAAUCAGGUAGACCUGAAGAUGGACGUUUCUCAGCCCUUGGAUAUCAACCAUGAACUGUGGACAGCCCCUGGGUCCUGUCAUCAGAUACCUCCUCUCCACAAAAGCAGCAAGGAUUCUUGUAAAAAUGAUUUGGUCACCUCCCUGACUGAGUUCCCAACCUCCCAAGACUCAACUAGACAUCGCCCUCAACCACUGACAUUUAUAACGGAAGCAAAGCUGAAUCUACAGACAGUGACGAGGCAAGAUGGAGAGAUUGGAGAUCCAGCCGAAGAAAAUAUUGUUUACCUCUAAUUGUGUGUUGUUAUGUUCCCAUACAAAACAAAACACUGGCACUUUUGAGAGAAACUUGUUUUUUUCUUUUCCUGAUGUAUGUGUAAUUGUCUGUGUCCAAAUUGUUUUAAGAAUGAUAUUUAAUAUUUCAUGUAAGUUCAUAGGUGGAGGGCCAUGAAUCUAAUGAUUAAAUUAUUGAAAGCAGCUCUGUUUGUUUAAUCUUUACCUUGUGAUACCUAAUUUCAGAUUCCUGGAGGAGAAAUUAACUUGAAUAAGUAAAAAGAAGUAUUUUAAAAGUUGUUUUGACUCUGGAGCAAAAUUCCAUAUUGCAUUUUCUCCUGGAUCUUCUGGAUUUUGGAAGACCUCCUAAGACCUGGAUGAAACAAUUUGGAUGUAAGGAAGCGAUAUUGGUAAUGGGCCAACUUUCUCAGUCACAGCUGAUUAUCAGGAAUGGCUUCUGGGCUCCCAAAGGCAGAGGAGGCUGGGGGAAAGGGCCAUCCAGGCUACUUUUUAUGUGCUACUUUCUCUUCAGCACAUCAGAA